AUGCGCCGUCUUCUCCCGCCGCUUGCCGUCCACCCGGCGCCAUGCCCUGGGACUCCGGCCGCCGCCGCGGCCGGCGUCGCCGUCCCGGAGGUGAUUCACGUCCUCGAGCGCGCCAUCUCCGCGGGCGACGUGCUCCGCCUGGGUCGCGCCGUGCACGCGGUUCUCGUCAAGACGGCGCUCACCAGCCACACGCUCCUCUCCAAUCGCCUCGUCGCGCUAUACUCCCUGCUCCCGUCCCCGGCGGCCGCCCUCGCCGCCUUCGACGACCUCCCGCACAAGAACCCGCACUCCUACAACACUCUUCUCGCCGCGCUCUCACGGGCCCCCGACACCCUCCCCGACGCCCUCCACCUGUUCGACACAAUGCCGGCCGACUCACGCAACGUCGUCUCCUACAACACCGUCAUCUCGUCCCUAACGCACCACGGACGGCAGAAGGAGGCGCUCCUUGUGUUCUCCUGGAUGGCCAGGGACAGGUUCUUGGGGCCAGGGUUGGCCGUCGACCGCUUCACUGUUGUCAGCGUUGCCACUGCAUGCGCGGGGCUCGGAGCUGCGAGGCCACUAAGGGAGAUGCAUGGCGCGGUGGUGGUGUCGGGGAUGGAGGUGACUGUCAUCAUGGCCAAUGCCAUGGUGAACGCCUACAGCAAGGCCAGGAGGGUGGAGGACGCGAGGCGGGUGUUCGAUCAGAUCAGCAUCAUGGACACGGUCUCUUGGACGUCAAUGAUUGCUGGGUACUGCCAAGCGAAGAGGCUCGAUGAGGCAGUGCAAGUGUUUGACAUGAUGCCAGAGAAAGAUAGGAUUGCAUGGACAGCACUCAUCUCUGGGCAUGAGCAGAAUGGGGAGAAGGAGGCUGCUCUUGAGCUUUUUGAACGGAUGUUGGGUGAGGGGGUGGCGCCAACGCCUUUCGCCUUGGUUUCGGCCUUGGGUGCAUGUGCCAAACUCGGGCUCAUCGCACGGGGGAAGGAAUUGCAUUGUUUUAUCUUGCGGCAGAGCAUCGGUUCAGACCCUUUCAACAUUUUCAUUCACAACGCACUCAUUGACAUGUACUGCAAGUGCGGUGACAUGACCUCCGCCAUGAGAGUGUUUCAUAGGAUGCCCGAGAGGGACUUCAUCUCUUGGAACUCCAUGGUCAUGGGGUUCUCGCAUAAUGGCCUGGGAAAGCAGUCGCUCACAGUGUUUGAGAGGAUGCUGGUAGCUGGAGUUCGGCCAACCCAUGUCACUUUUCUUGCUGUCCUCACGGCUUGCAGCCAUUCUGGUCUAGUAUCUGAUGGACGCCUCAUUCUCGAAUCAAUGGAGGACCAUGGUCUUGAACCAAGGGCUGAACACUAUGCUGCCUUCAUAGAUUCUCUUGGUCGGAAUCACCAGCUGGAAGAAGCAAGUAAGUUCAUCAAAGGUUUGUCAUCCAGGGUUGGUCCUGGUACAGCUGGGUCAUGGGGUGCUCUCCUAGGUGCAUGUCGUCUUCACGGAAACAUCGAGCUUGCAGAGGAAGUGGCAGCGUUCCUCUUCCAGUUAGAGCCUGGGAACAGUGGUCGGUAUGUCAUGUUGUCAAACAUCUAUGCAGCAGCAGGACAGUGGGAUGACGCACGUCGAAUCAGGGGACUCAUGAAGGAGAAGGGCCUGAGGAAGGAUCAGGCUUACAGUUGGAUCGAAGUGCGGAGUGCAAAACACGUAUUCGUUGCUGAUGACAUGUCUCAUCAUGAGGCAGACGAGAUAUAUGAGAUGUUGGGCAAGCUUUUCGAUCAUAUGCGCAUAGCAGUGGAUCCUACUGACUACCAGCUUGAUUUAUGUUGAGGGAAUCCGCCCAUGUAUAAAAAGCAUUGCUCUGGUAUUGCCGGGACAAUCACUCUGGUAUAAGCCAUGCCAGGCGAGGCCCACUGCUUUGCCUUCAGCAUCCUCGUUCCUUGUCAUGGAAGUGUUGAGCCUUGUGAGGCAGGAGGCUGCAAAAGAGCUCCACAGCAUAGGAAUUCUGUUCGUGCUCAGUUCUUGAAUCUUCAAUUUGAGGGCUCAAGUGCUCAAAAAGUUACUUAGAGAAUCAACUUCACUGGAUUCAAGGUUCCAAGCUUUGGGCCACAGUAAAUUCUGUCAGGGUUCAACCACAUCAGAACCUGCAAGAGUUUGACCCAGUUCAGUUUGAGUUCUUUGAGUUAACUCGAGAAUCAAAAUAUCAAAUAUUCCUCUGCACUAUGCCGUCAUGUGAUCUUUCUUUUUUUGAAAUAAAUAACAUUGACUGAUUCUUCAGCAUGAUGAUUCAUGUUAGGAAGGUAAAGAGAAAUUCCGAGUUAGUUUAGUUUGUAACUGUAGGUACCUUUUUGACAACUGAUCACAUUGCUGUCCAGACCAAGGGAAAAGAUUGUGGACUGUUGAAAGGUUCACUGAAUGUCUGACUUAUAUACGAUGGACAAUUCAGUUUAGAGCCCAUGUCAUUGUGAAUUGUUAAGAAUCAACACUAGCUCCUUGGGAUAAUGGCAUGCUCUAUAUGUGACUAUGUUUGCUGGGCUGAAAAUUUGUGGAUCACAGUUGAAGAGUUGUAUGUUCGAAGACUUUUGAGAUCGCAAAUUUGAGCCCCUUUUA